CUACAUAUUUACAUGACACACACAGUCACACACACAGAGAGUACUAGUUGCGGCAGGGGGCGCACCAGAGGGUGUCGGUUUCCAGCUUUCUGUCAUUCUGUGUCUUUGUGCGUAAAAGCAGAACCGCCGGAAUCACCAUGUUGAGGGUCCGGACUUUCUACUGCGCCAGGAUUUAAUUCACAGCUCAGCGUACGACAUUACCGAUUUACAUGGCUCAGCACCAAGUCUCUGGAGGGAAACCCUGCAUUUCCACCUGGAUUAUUGUUUCGAACAUGAGGAUACCUGCGCUUGGAAAUAGUCCUGCAGAGUAGGAUACAUUGUUUAGAAAGUACAGUGAAGUAGCUUCUACUUCACCAUACCCGCAUCAGUGAUCUACAGUGUCCAACCUUAAGAAUCCAGGAGCUAUGCAGCAAGACUGUGUCUGGACUAUCAGAGUUUCUGUGCUGCUGCUGUUGCUUUGGUCAGACCCCCUGAACUGCCAACACACAACAGACCACAGGAAGGUUCCUCAUAGGGCAGAGCCCCAACAGGAGUUCAGGGCAGAGCAUGGAGAAAUUCAGGGUUCCUGGGGCGCCUGGGGGCCCUGGUCAACCUGCUCCCGGACCUGUGGAGGAGGAGUACAAGAGCAGAGCAGGCCCUGCCUGCCUGUUUACACUCCAUCCCAAUACCCUCCCGUAAGAGUAGGCAUUCACCACCAUCAGCCAGGCCAUGUUGUUUCAGCCCUACGGCCCACAGUUCCUCUGCACCGUGACACAGCCAGGUACUCCAACAGCAGCAGUCGUGGAGAGCUGAGGAAGGAGAAAGAGACCAGGCCUGGUGGACGCAGGAGGGUCAGUCACAUCAUCCCAGGGAGGUACGGCUAUGGGAGAGCACCUUUUGUUGCUCCGUUGCAGACGAAGGCAGACCAGAGCUCUGGGACGGCUCGCCCCCACAGACAGAGACGCUCUGCUGUGGUGGAUGCCCACCACCCCACAGCUAGAGGCCAUGGCGGCCACAGGUCAAACAACCUGGACCUCUCCAACAACCUCCGCUACUACAGCAGACCCUACAUGCAGCCCAAAAAUAACCAAGUCUGGGCCCCCCUCUACCAGCCUGGCACAGCCAACCAGGCUGUCCAGCAGGAGGUACCAUCAGGGGGCCAGACCUCUGGACCUCAGCAGCACCAAGACAGACCCUACAACCCCUUGCCUACUUCCCUCUGUGCAGGAGAGCAUGCUCGCUACCGGCUCUGCAACAGUAACGCCUGCCCUCUAUCCAGUAGACACAUCAGGGCUGUUCAGUGUUCUUCAUACAACAACCAGCCUUUCAUGGGCAGACUGUACGAGUGGGAGCCUUUCAAUGAGGUUAAUGAAGAUCAGCACUGUGAGCUCAACUGCCGGGCCAUAGGCUUCAGGUUCUAUGUGCGACAGUCAGACAAGGUGAUCGAUGGGACGCCCUGUGGACAGAACAAUACUUCUCUCUGUGUGGCGGGAAAGUGUACGAGUCUAGGCUGCGAUGAGUAUCUGGGAUCAGGAAAGGUGAUGGACAAGUGUGGUGUGUGUGGAGGCGACAACACAACCUGCAGGCUGGUCUCCGGAGUCUUCAAACACAGUCUGUCCAAGAUCGGCUACCACAAGAUAGUGGAGAUCCCAGAGGGAGCCACCAAGAUCAACAUCACAGAGAUGGUGAAGAGUCGAAACUACCUAGCUCUCCGAAGCCGAUCGGGGCGAUCCAUCAUUAAUGGAAACUGGGCUAUUGACCGGCCAGGGAAUUAUGAGGGAGGGGGGACCAUGUUCACCUACAGCAGGCCCAAUGAAAUCCGUAGCACCGCCGGGGAGUCCUUUCUCGCUGAAGGGCCUACCAAUGAGAUCCUAGAUGUUUAUAUGAUCUUCCAGCAGCCAAACCCUGGUGUUCACUAUGAGUACAUUCUCCCCUCUGAGAAACCAGUUGGCCCUCAGCAACCAAACCACAAACCAGAAGGGAAUGCUGUGAAUGGACAGGGUGGGUACGACCUUCACAAUAAUCCUCAGCAGGAAAACUACAACCCAGCAGGUGGGGGGGGGUACCCUCCUCGUCUCCCCGACAACCAGGUACCCGCCGUACAGCCACCCAGACGUGAGAGAGAGUACAACUGGAAACUGGCUGGUGCUACAGAGUGCAGUGCCUCCUGUGGUAAAGGUUUCAGACACUCCAUCUUUCACUGCGUCCACCGAUUGAACCAUAACCAGGUUUCAGACACUUUGUGUGACAGCAGCAGCAGACCGACUCCGCAGGAAGAGCCCUGCAACCUGCAGCCCUGCCCGGCAUUCUGGGAUAUUGGAGAGUGGUCAGAAUGCAGCAAGACCUGUGGCCUGGGCAUGCAGCACCGGCAGGUGCUGUGUCGCCAGGUUUAUGCCAACCGCACCCUCAACGUCCACACAAGUCGCUGCCAACACCUGGAGCGGCCCGAAACAGCCAGUACCUGCCAGCUGAAGAUCUGCAGUGAGUGGCAGAUCCGCUCCGAGUGGACCGCUUGCUCGGUGCCAUGUGGGCUGGGUCAGAGGUCACGGGAUGUUCGCUGUGUCAGCAAUGUGGGCGACUUUGUUCUUGAUGAGGAGUGCAACAUGAAUCUGCGACCCUUUGACGUAGAGAACUGUGACAUGGGACCCUGUGCCAAGAGCUGGUUCUACACUGAGUGGGGCAGUAGGUGCUCUGCUGAGUGUGGGAUGGGUGUACGGAGCCGGGGAAUCCUCUGCCUGACCAACCACGUUGGCAGCCUUCCUCUGGAGGGGUGUGGCAGCGAGCGGCCUGCAGACUCUCAGGUCUGCAACAACGGCCCCUGUGAGAAUCGCAUUGAGUGGUACACAGGCCCCUGGAACCAGUGCUCUGCAGAGUGUGGCGCAGGCAGCCAGCAGAGGUCAGUGGUGUGUCUGAUGAAGUCAGAUGAAGGAUUCACUGUCAUGCCACCAUAUGAGUGCUCCUCCCUGGAGCGGCCUCUCAGUCAGCAGAGCUGCAACCUCAAAGCCUGUGGAGCAAAGUGGUACCACACUGACUGGAGUGCUUGUUCAAAAACAUGUGAGGGCGGUUUCCGCGUGCGGGAGGUGCGCUGCCUGUCUGACGACAUGCUGUCCAGUGAGGACUGCGACGAGAAGCUGAAACCAGCAGUGAAGGAAGACUGCAACCCAGAGCCUUGCGUACCUCAAAUAGAUGAGAACUGCAGAGACAAGUACUUCAACUGCAACGUUGUGGUCCAGGCUCGCCUCUGUGUGUACGAUUACUACAAGACUACAUGCUGCGCUUCAUGUUCAAGAGUGAACCACAGACAGUCGAUCCAUCGGGCCCGCAGCUAGCACUCUCUGCCAGAGUCGCUCAACUCCAUGCAGGGCCAGACUCAGUACCUGCUGCAAGCUCCUGGACCAGCCAGAGAAGUGGACAGGCUGGACCUUGCCUAAAAUGGACACUUGAUUUAUUUGCCUGGGAUGGGAAAUGUAGAGAGAACAUUUCUGUCAGUUCAUUUGGAGUCAGCUGCUGGGAGAGAGGAAUAACUUAGGAUAGUGAAGGACAGAAAUCCACUCACUGGAUAAACAGAGCCCUGGCAGGGUGAGAGACAUCAGUAGCAAACCAAGGAGCCUACAAACCAUUAAUGGAAUUUAACCACGUCUUUUUUUUUCAUUGGAAGCAGUUUGCAGCCAUCUUCCACCUACAGUAUAAUGUCUCUUGUGGAUUACAUAUGAAGAGGAGAGCUCCUGUAACUGUUAAACAUGGACAGUGUAUAGACUGUGUCUGUUCUAAUAUGGUUCUUUACAAUCUACAGAUUUUCACGUGCUGUCAUAUGAAGUUGAUACUGUCUCACCUAUUAUCAACUAUUUAACACCCUCUUUGUUCACCAAAGAUAUGUAACCUCAUCAUACUGGAGACAGUAACAGAUAAACUAUUUUUUUUCGUAAGAAAAAAAAACUGUGCAUCAAACCCACAAUAUUGCAAAUGGUGUAUCCAUUAUGCAGCAUUGCAAUGAAUGAACUCACAAAGAAAAUAUCUUUGUGGCCCAGAUAGGAUUUUUUUGAUGGCCUAAGCAGUGGAAAACGACCCUUUUUCCUGCCUGCACAGCCAUGAGGUGUAAAUGCAACCUAUGUAAUAUGUAUGUACAUAUGUAUGUAUGACAGAGUGAAUGAUAAAGUUUUUUUUAAGAAGUACUCAGACAGUCCUUCCAGCAACUGAAGAGAAAAAAGCCCUCUUUAUUUAUUUGUGUGGCUCCCCACGGAGGACACUGGUUUAUCGGCCACCGGUGGCCCCUUUUUGGCUGCGGGGAUAAAACCUUUGCUGCCUCUCCACCAAUCACAGUCUCAAAACUGAAUGUAGGCAUUCCACAGCCUGCUGGAUGGUUGAAGCAGAUGGUGAGAAACCCUAAUGUAUUUUUGAGUUGAAAACAAACUGCAUAUAUAUAUAUACUGUAUAUAUAUUUUCUUCUUCUUCUUUUUUUCUGUGGGAGAUGAUCAUUCCACAAUUGUAUAAUUCCUGCUCCAGAUGAAAUCACCAAUCAUACAUAAUUGGCUUAUCCAUAAAAUAUCAAUAUGUGAUUGUAAAGAUAAAUCAUUACAGUAUUUAAAACUGUUGAUCUGGUAUGGUAUGCAUAAAGUUUAUUUUAAAAGUAAAUCUUUGUUUAUGAACCAGCAU